AUGUAUAAUUAUUCACGCUCUUCGAAACGACUAUUGGCAGAACUCAAAAUUUUGACCAAGAAUCUUGACGUUCAAUCAUACUUUCAAUACGAAAAUUCAGGAAUUGAUGAAAAAUUAAAAGAAUUUUGUAUAUACGGAUAUUUAUUACCUCGUGCAGAACCGUAUAAGCAUGGCUCAUUUAAAGUACGUAUUCGAUUAAGUCCAGAAUAUCCGUUCAGAACACCGCAGAUGGACCUGUUAACAUAUAUUUAUCAUCCAGCUGUACGCAACAAUGUUUCACGGCCAACUAUGUGUACUGCAUGUGGUUGUUAUGAAUGGACGCCGAGUAAUCUUAUCAGCGCAUAUAUAAAAUAUUUUGUAAACGUAAUCGAUCAACCGGAAGCUAUUGGAACGUAUUGCGUGCUUAAUUCGAAAGCUAAAAUGCUGUAUGAUGAAAAUAGAGCAGAAUAUGAAGAAAUAGCUCUGGCAAUGAAAAUGAUUCUUAAACAACUUGACUUUAAUUCGGCUAAAAUUAAUCAAUUACCAUUAAUGAAUCACUUGAAAGAAUAUCUGCAUUCAUCAUUAUAUAGAACUACAAGUCCACCGAUAUAUGUUCCUGGUGGUGAUCUUGCACCAGUUAAAUAUUCUGCUGUUAGUUUAGCAAAUUCAACAGCUUUAGUUGAUGCAUGGGCUCGAAUAAAUUAUAAAUUCGAUCUUAUGUAUUCAAAACGAGCUUUUAUUCAUUGGUAUAUUAGUGAAGGAAUGGAAGAAAAUGAAUUUAAUGAAGCUCGAGAAAAUUUAGCUGCUCUUGAAAAAGAUUAUAUUGAAGCAGGACAUGAUUCAAUACAAUUGGAUUCAGUUCGAUCUAGUCUACUAAAUCAAGAAUAA